AUGGAGACCACCCCGAAUGCUCUUAAGGACAUAUGGCAUAAAUGCAUUCCCUGCAAAGUGUCCUCCUUUGUUUGGAAAGCUCUUCAAGAUAGAAUUCCAACGAGAGAGAACCUGUUGAAGAGAAGAAUUUUUCUCGAGAAUAAUUGUUACAGCUGUCCCAUUUGCUCUGCUCUCUUUGAGUCUACUGAUCAUAUUCUGAUCUCGUGCGCUUACUCGAACCAGGUUUGGAAGGCCAUCUAUAAAUGGCUGAAUUUCAGCUAUAUCCCCCAGUCAUCUAUUUUGGAUCACUUCUGUGAAUUUGUUGAGAAAGGAGGGAAUAAGGUUGGAAAAGCAAUUUGCACCAUGAUUUGGCAAUGUGCUUGUUGGAAGAUUUGGAAAUUCAGAAAUGCCAAAGUGUUCAAAGAUGAAAGCCCUAAUAGUUCUAGAACGGUGGAUGAAAUCAUUUUCUGCACGUGGAGAUGGUUAAAAGCAAAGAAUCCAAAUCAUUUUUAUUACUCUUCCUUUGAGUGGAUGAUGGAUCCUGUUAGCUGCUUUCCGACAAAAAUUGCUUGA